AUGAAUAAUGGAUUUGCAGAAAAGCAACUAGCAAAGUAUGGAUGGAUUAAAGGUCAGGGACUAGGAAAGGAUUCUAAUGGAAGAAAAACUCCAAUUUUUAUAACUAAAAAGGAUGAUACACGUGGGCUUGGAGAUAAUUCGGAAGAUUGGUCAUUUGAAUGGUGGAAUAAAGUAUACACGAAAACUCUAGAUAAUAUAAAAGUAUCAAAAACUUCUGGUGGGGAAGUACAAGUUUCUAAAAUUGUCAAAGAAUCAACAAUUCCUAGAAAUCAUAUGGGAAUUAUAAGUACAAGCGAAUCACUUUAUUCUCUUUCUGAUUCUUCUAAUUCAAUUUUAGCCACAUCAUCUGAAUUAUCUCAUAAGAGUAGAUUUAAAGAUGAUGAAAUCUCUUCAUCUUCCAACUUAAAAACGAAGUCAUUAUUCUAUCAUGGAAAUUUCGUCAAAAGUUCGAAUGGAAUAUUGGAUUUCAAUAGUUGGAAUAAACCAACGAAAGAGACAGAGCUAAAUCAUGAAUCAACAGGUUUGGAUUCCGUGAAGAAAGAAAAAGGAUCAUGUUUUGCAGUUACAUCAGAAAAUUGUGAUAAACAAGAUGAGAAGAAAAAAAGGAAAGAAUCAACAAAGAAGAGAAAACGUGAUAUUUUAGAAAAUCCUAACUCAAAUGCUUCUCGUCGUUUAGAAAAUAUAAUCGGUCAUAUAAAUAUAAUAGAAAAUAAAGAAUGGAGAACUUUAUCACCUAGUCAAACAUUAGCAGUACGUACUAAUAGAGAAAUCAAAUGGAAUGGACAUGGAUAUAAAGACACGUUUUUUAAAUUUGAUGAUAGGGGGACCGCCUCAUUGCUGGGAAAUAGAUUUGGUCAUUUUAGUUCAAAGGAAUAUCAUGAACUAAGACCAUGGUUAGAACAAACUUUACGAAUAAACUUAAAAACCGUAUGCCCAGCGCAAAAAUCAAUGGUCGAGAUACAUAGUCCCGAAGUAAAUCAUGUUUUUUAUGAUACAAUUAGACCACAAGGAGUAAUCAUUUCAUUCUCGGAACAAGAUAGAUUAUCGCAUGGACAUGGUAAUAGUACAAUGGAUAUUUAUAAUUUAAGGUAUCGUAAUUUUAAUAGAUUGCCUGAUGCAGUUAUUUGGCCCGAAAGUCAUAAACAUGUUGAAAUCAUUGUGCGUUCAGCGCAAAAAUUUAAUGUUGGGUGUAUACCUUAUGGAGGAGGAUCAAAUUAUGUUAACGCGUUAGAAUGUCCAAUUGAAGAAGAAAAACGAAUGAUUGUUUCUUUAGAUAUGAGACAAAUGAACAGAAUUCUCUCCUUAAAUAAUGAAAAUAUGAUUGUAGUCGUUGAAGCUGGUGCCAUCGCAAAAGAUUUAGAGAUGGAAUUAAGAAAAUUAGGUUAUAGUCUCGGGUGGAAUGCUGAUUCUUUUGAAUUUAGCACAGUUGGUGGAUUAGCUGCUUUAAGGUCUAGUGGAUUCAAGAAUAACAUGCAUGGAGAUUUUGAAAAUAGCAUAAUUAAUAUGAAAAUUGUUACACCAAUUGGCACAAUACAAAAAAACGGUUCUAGUAAUUCUCCACCAAUUAAUUCUGGUCCUGACAUAACGAAUUUAUUAUUUGGAUCGGAAGGAACAUUAGGCGUUAUAACCGAAUUAACAUUCAAGCUACAUUAUUUAACUCCGUUUCGUCAUUACGUUUCAAUAUAUUUUCCAUCAUUUCAUCAAGGUCUUUUAUUCUUAAGGGAAAUCGUUCAAAAAAAAGUUAUUAAUAAUUUAAGUGGUGCCAGGUUAGUUGAUGAAACUGGAUUACAAUUAGUACAAGCUUUUAACACUAUUACACCUACUAUCACUACAGUAUUUAGCGAAGUAUUAAGAAAAUAUUAUUGGAAAAAGUUUAAAAAUUUAAAAUUUGGUAAAAUGUGUUUAGCUGCUAUUGUAAUUGAUGGCUAUGAUCAAAGUAAAAUGGAUAAUGAUGAAAAAAGAAUUUUAAAUACUGGUGAAAAAUUUGGUGGGGUUGAUGCUGGUUCUGAUUUAGGCGAGAGAAUGUUUUUUAUGUCAAAGGGAUUACCUUAUCUUCGUGAUUUUCUUUUAGAUUAUUACGCUAUAUCAGAUUAUCUUGAUACUUCAACAUCUUGGUCAAAUAUUGAGGAUCUCGUUGCCAAAGUUAAAGAAACUAUAGUGACAACUUGUAGAGCUCAAAGGGUUCGUCCAAGACCAUAUGUUGCGGUUAGAGUGGACCAUAUAUAUGAAACAGGUGCAAGUUUAACUUUCACUUAUGGAUAUAAUUGUCGUAAUCUUGCUGAUCCACUUGGAACUUUAAGACGCGUAGAACAAGUUGCGUUAGUCGAAAUAUUAAAGUCAAAUGGUUCGAUAUCACAUCAUACUACCGGCAUAGGGAAACGUAAAAAAGAAUGUUUUAUCGAAUCUCUAUCUGAGUUAAGCAUGAAAUGCAACAAUGAGCAUACUAGAAUCGCUAGAUUAUUGAAAGCCAAUAAUGGCAAGUUAUCAAUAGAUGUCAAUCGCACAGAAUUAUUAUAA